AUAGCAUUCCAGUCCAAGGACUUUGGAGAGAAUGCCAUUCGUCUGCAGAGCUCCCGUCUAGACCUGUACACUGCAACAGACCCUCUACCCCUCUACGCAGGAUCCAUCUCCUUCUCGCCUCAGCCGGUCAUAAACGUCUCCAAGGUGCAACAGAAGGCUCCUCAGUUUCACAUCUACAAUUCAAAAACAUCUGAAAUGGUCUGGGGACAAAAAAUUUCAUUUUGCCUAAUGAUCAUCCUCCAUGGACUAUUUUGCAAUGGUUUACUUUAUCUCGAAUGCAGUACUGAGACUUGGGAAUGUGGAGAGACCGUAACCAUGACUUGUACCCCGACCCACCCACUUGAGAAAAUCCGCUUGAAGAGGAUUGAGGAUAAUGUCAUUUUGCUCGAAAGCGAUCUGCCUACGAAAAACGAGCUAUUCACUGAAGAUAGAAAAAUUUUCAUUGAAGGUACAGAAAAGGAGGUGAAGAUUACCCUCUAUGACGUCAAGUUUACUGAUACAUUAAAAUAUAAUCUGUAUGUGGCUGGACCAGCAGGAUACUACCCAGGAACCAUCACCAUCAAUGUUUCUGGUAUAUGCAAACCAAAGAUUAAUACCAGCGAGGAAACAAAAGAACUUGUAUGUGAAGCAGAGACUGAAAAGAAUGCAUCGAUCGUCUGGAUGGAUGACCAUAGAAAGAUCUACCCUUCGGCUAAAACAGAGAAACUGGAAAAAGGGACUUAUUUUGAGUUAUGGAGUUCUCUAAAAUUGUCAGAGGAGAUCAAGGAUAAUGUUAUCUGCUGUUCUGUCUCUUACCCAGAUGGCAUAUAUAAGGAUUCAUGCUUCCCAAGAACCUUAGGAGCAGUUUCUACACUAUUAGGCAGCAAGAGUCCAACUCUGUCAAUAGUCCUCGUUCUACUGGCUGUCGCUUUGGUCGCUGCUGCGUUCGGUUACCUACUAAAAAGAAGGAAUAGGAACAUUAUGAGAGCUCGAAGUCUUUCACAAGGACCCCUCAUAGAUCAAAAGGCACCUGAAGAAGAGAACAUAACACAUCCACCAUUAGUGCCACCAUCACCUGUGUAAAGGAGAUAACCUAUGGAGAAUCAAGGGAUAAAUGUUGCCACUCUAUGGAAAUGUCUUGUGAGACCCAUGCUAAUUGGACAGUGAAUGCUUUUUUUUAUGCUGGAUAUAGAAAUUGCUUUGGUGACCUUAAAUUUGCUCAUCUAUGCCUACAGCAUGAGGUUGAAACCUCUCUAUUCUUCCUGAAGGCACCUUUUGCAUUUGUCCUCUACGCGUGUCACCUUCAUCCACUCUCACCAUAGGUUAGGAUGUCCUCUUCCUGCCACAAAAAUUCCAUCUCUCAAUAAGGAAUAUAUUCCUAGUUCUACCACUGUAUCGCCCAACAAACUCAGAUAUAAAUUGCAGACUUGUGCUAGGCUUUCAACGUGCCAAGGUGGGGGCUUGUUCGGGAUAAAAAAAAUGGUCACCUAGUUUUCUAUAAACAGUGUCACAUCUAUGCAUUUGCUGUGCCUGGUAUUUCACCUCCUUCCAAUGGGGUUGUCCUGCCAUACCAAACACAGUCUAUGGACAAGGGUGGCACUGCUUACGGACAACCCUUAUAUAUCCACCCAAAAAAAUCUUCACUUUGAGAAUACUUCAAAAGAUGCAGCGAAACACCAACUUUACAAUUGGUACCUGGCAUCAUCCAUAGCAUAAGCAGUGCAUUGAGUUUCACAUCAUUAUGUGUCCUGGUUUCUCUAUUUUAGCAAUACAUCUGGUGUGGUGUCAGCUGGUAAGUUGGCGCCUGCUGUAUCACAAAUCACAAAGUAAAUUUGGAGAAUCUUGUCAAGUCUCAAUUAUGUAUUCUAUACAGUAUCUGUAUGUCAUGAAAUGGUUUUAUAAACCGAAGCCACCUUCAGUAAGAUACAGCAAAUGUAUUGCAACACUGAAAAAAACAUAUAAAUUAAUGUAUAUACAAGGGGUUCUUAGAGGCUCUCCUCUGAUGGUGCCAUGAUUAUUUCAUUGGUGGGGGCACCACCCCUUGAUAUAAAUCAUGCCAUAAGACAUAGGAAUCAUAUAUGUAAAUAUAUGUGUAAAGAAGUAUAAGAGUGCGCAAUAGAAAAUGUAAAUAAAAAAUAUAGAAAAAUGAUCACAAAUAUGGAAUUAAUCAGCCAAAACAAUAUCAAAAAUGACCAGGUCAAUAACCAAUAGUAGGCACUGACCUUAAUGUAUAUACACUGUAAAUAUCUAGUCACACACUCAUGUAUGUUUGCAAUUACACAACUGAAUAUUUUGCAUCUAUAUUUGUACUGCAUCAAAUAUGAAUCGAAUAAACAAAAUAUAUUAUACA